AUAACAGAAUUUAUCUGGACCAUGUGUUCUUUACACAUGCAGGAUGUACCACCCCCAUUUGCCAGGACAAUCUUGGACCUGGCAGGCUCCAACAUUUAUCUCGAAGACGCAUUCGGCCUCCGGUGGCGCGUGCGGCUGUGCUUGCGCGACGGCGUCAUGUCGUUCGGGCAUGGAUGGAAGAACUUCGUGCUGGACCAUGCCGUCAGCUGCGGCGAGUUCCUGGUGUUCAGGCAGAUUGCCAGGUCGGUCUUCACUGUGCAGAUGUUUGCCCCAUCAGCUGUUGAAAGGCUGUUUCUCUGCGAGGCGAACAAAAGGCAGAGCCGGAAGAGGAAGCCCAGGCAGAAAACUAGCUGUCCGAGUAGUCAAACCGUGAAGAUAAGCAGGAACUGCAAGAAGAAACAACGUACCGGUCACCACAAUGAUCAGAUGCCAGAUCAUGUUUGCUUUGACGAUUCUGAUGUUCCCAAAUCUGCAUCUGAACUAAAAUAUUCAGAAACAUCAGGGGGAGUGCCAGAGGUAGGAGUCGCAGAACCACAAGAAGAUUCUGAGGCACCUACAGGACAUGACUGUAAAGCUCAGGUGGUGUUAGAUGGAGAGGCAGAAAUAGCAGACGACUGCAGAGUCUUUGAAGAAAAAGAAAGCGAAUGCAAUGCUAGAAUUAUACAGCACCUGGUUUCUGAUGCUACCGAAAUUGAACAUGGCGACGGCUUGAAUUUGCCGACAAACACUGAUGCUAUUGGACCUCUUGCUCUGAUGGAUCUUAAUGAAGUGAAUAUAGAUGAUAUAUUUUUGUCAGCUGAUAUAUAUGAAUUUGAAACUGAUAUGUGUAAUCCAGAAGCAUUUUCUGUUGAUCUGAAUAAGGAAGGGCCUAUUACUACUGCCAAAAAUUCAGGUUUCAGUUGCCUUGAGGAUACCCAACAAAAUCACUUUUCUUCUAUUGGAGAUGAUCAGCGUUUUGUGAUGCCAGAGACACAAUCAUGUACAGAAAAUAAACAGAUGACUGAUGCACUAGUAACAGGAACAGGAUAUGCUUGUGUUGCAGUGCAUGACAUAGAUAUCAGCACGUUGCCUGCUAAUGAGCCGUCAUCAUUUGCAAAGGAGAACUCUUCUCCUCCAGCUGAUCCUGAAGUGCAUUCCAGUGAAUGCGUAUUAAGUGGUUGCAACAAAGACAAUGAUUUGCUCUCUUGCAAGGACAGCCAAGCUGAACACAAAGAAGUGAAGCAUGAUAAACAGCAAGAUGGUCAAGGUAAUGAGCAGGAUAGCACAGGGCAGAAUACUGCUGAAGUCAUAUCAAGUAGCACAAAGCUUCAUGAACAUCCUCAUGUCUGUCAAAAUCUUCAUCAAACUGAAAAUAACUCCGAUGGCAUCCGCAGUGGAACCUCCGAAUCAGGUGGUGUUCUUGCACUUGCAGCAAGCAGCAGCAAGUUUUGCAUUGCUGUGCCUGCACCUGAUCAAACAUGGCUUGAGCUUCCCACUCGACUACCGGUUAUACCAAGAACCAAGAAACAGGGAAGGAAGGUUGUGAUACUCAAGGACCCAUGCAUGAGACUCUGGCCCGUGCUGUACCAAUGCACCCCAAGGUUCAGUGGCUUCAUCACUGGAUGGGUUGACAUCUGCAGGGAGAACAACCUUCAGGAAGGAGACACCUGCGAGUUCGAGCUCGGCGGCAACUCUGAACUGUCAUUCCAAGUGCGCGUGCCCAAUUUGCAGUAGCCAUUGUUACCCAGCAAGUUGAUCAUAUCAGUCACAUU